GUGAAUGGUGGUUGCAUAACAUUAAAGGAGUUAUUUUGUACGUCAAAAUCAAAGAAAACUUCAUUUUUCGUCUCAUUUGACUUUCAUUGUCAAAAGACUUUUUUUCUUAAGUACAAGAAAAGCCCUAAUAAUGUCUGCCCUUCCAGCUCCAGUUCGUGUUUCUCCUUUAAUCAAGUUCGGAAGAUGGAGUUUUCUUGCUUUGGGAGUUGCUUAUGGAGCCUUCCACCAAAAUAGGCUCUCCAAAAAGGAAGCAGGCAUUAGAGAGGUAGAAAAUAAAAUUAAGGCAGAACGUGAUGUUAAACUUGCCGCUGAAAAGAAAGCUGCUGCGGAAAAAGAAAUUAAGGAAUUGGAAGCUCUAGCAAGAUAGGUUACUAAGUUUAAUAUUACAGUUUUGUGUCAAGUGUAGUGUAAUAAAUACAGCCAUUUUUUGUUAAUAUUGUCUUUACUAUCCUUAGACAGUGAUUUAAAAGACCUAUUGUUAUGAUAGAUAACUAAAGAAUCCUUAAUUUAUGUGAUCAUAAAAUGGUGAAACUAUUAUAUCAACAAUUUCAAUAAUAAAACCAGAGUUUUAUUUCAUUUUGUUAAGUACUUAAAUUGUAAAAUGUUCACC